ACAACAGCUAACAAUGGAACAAUACUCAUCUGUUCUUCCGCGCGCUCCGGUUCUGCUGGCAUCUCCGUGCCUGUGCCGUGUGCGCAAACAACUCAAGGCUGCAACGCAGACAUGAUGGACCCCCGGAGGCCCUCUGCCAAUCCGUACACCUCUCGGCGCUGGGCAAAGGUAAAGCGGACCAAGAGAGAAUGGAGGCCGCUGGAGGACCGGAGCUGUACCGACCUGCCGUGGUUUCUUCUCUUUGUGCUCUUCUGCGUGGGGAUGGGUGGCAUUUGUGGCUUCACCGUUGUAACGGGCGGUGCGGCUCGGCUGGUUUUGGGUUACGACAGCUAUGGCAACACGUGCGGCCAGCGCAACGAGCAGCUGCAGGGGGUCCGACUCAGUGGCCUGGACCACACCGACCGCAGGUUUGUGUUUUUUCUGGACCCAUGUAACAUAGACAUUGUACAGCGUAAGAUCAAGUCGAUGGCGCUGUGUGUGACUGAGUGCCCGGGGGAAGAGCUGCACACCUACGGAGACCUGAAACGCUUCGCCAUGAUCAACGGCUCUGAGCUCUGUUCCUAUGAGUUGGCGGGUCAUAAGUACCCAGGCCACCCUGACCGCUUCACCAAGUGUCCCAAACUUCCAGUGCCCCAGAGUAAGCCGCUGCCGGUAUUUAACCGCUGCACGCCCAUUGACAUCUCCUGCUAUGCCAAGUUUGCUGAGGCGGUGGUGACAUUUGUGAGUGACGACAGCCUGCUGCAUCGACUGAUCGCCAGCAUUGCCGCUAGCAAAGAGAUCAUCAUCGGUCUUUGCGUGCUAGCGCUAGUGCUGUCUAUGAUCCUGUUGGUGAUCAUUCGCUACAUCUCAGCUGUGCUGGUGUGGAUCCUGACUGGCCUGGUGGUGCUUGGCUCUCUGGGAGGCACCAGUAUUCUGUGGUGGCUGUACAUCGAUCACAGGUUGAGUGUGAAGGACCCAGAAGCGGAGGAGGUGGAGCAGGAGCAAGAGGAGGAGGAAGCGAAGGACAAAACACACGCACUCAUGAUCUACGCUAUCGCAGCCACCAUCUUCACUGUGAUUCUGCUACUGCUGAUGCUGUUCAUGAGGAAGCGCGUCGCCCUGACCAUCGCUCUGUUCCGCGUCGCUGGUAAAGUCUUCGUCCAUCUGCCACUCCUCGUGCUGCAGCCCUUCCUCACCUUCAUCGUCCUCCUGCUCUUCUGGACAUACUGGCUCCUCGUGCUCCUCUUCCUCGGGACCAGUGGCAACCCAAUCCAGAAUGAGGAGACUGGUCUUACCGAGUUUCGCCUGACGGGGGCACUACAGUACCUGACUUGGUACCACACCUUUGGCCUGGUGUGGAUCAGUGAGUUCAUCCUGGCCUGCCAACAGAUGACUAUCGCUGGAGCUGUGGUAACAUACUACUUUACAAGGGAUAAAGGACGGCUCCCCAUCACCCCUAUCCUGUCAUCUGUGCUGCGGUUGGCACGCUACCAUCUGGGCACCGUGGCCAAGGGCUCCUUCAUCAUCACGCUCGUCAAGAUCCCACGACUCGUCCUCAUGUAUGUCCACAACCAGCUCAAGGGAAAGGAGAAUGCGUUUGCUCGCUGUAUGCUGAAGGCUUGUAUUUGCUGUCUCUGGUGUCUGGAGAAGUGCCUCAACUAUCUGAACCAGAAUGCGUAUGCAGCAACAGCCAUCAACAGCACAAGCUUCUGCGUGUCGGCGCGUGAUGCAUUUGUCAUCCUGGUGGAGAACGCAAUCAGAGUGGCAGCCAUUAACACCAUUGGAGACUUUGUGCUGUUCUUGGGCAAGGUGCUGAUAGUGACCUGCACAGCGUUUGCGGGCGUGCUGGCUCUGAACUACCAGCGGGACUACAGUGAGUGGGUGCUGCCACUGCUGCUGGUGGGGCUGUUUGCCUUCCUGGUGGCGCACUGCUUCCUGUCAGUGUUUGAGGCCGUGGUGGACGUGCUCUUCCUCUGCUUCGCCAUCGAUACCAAAUACAACGACGGCACACCCGGCAGAGAGUUCUACAUGGACAAGGCUCUCAUGGAGUUUGUGGAGAACAGCAGGAAGUCGGCAGCAGCAGUAGAACGUGGGCGGGGUCGCGCUCGAGAGGAGGCGGAGCUUACAGCCAUGGCACCUGGGCCCUCCUCAGCUUGACCGCUGUCUCCUGAAGACCUUUUUAAAGACAUUCCAAAUGAUUAUUUUUACGUGUAACAUGUUUACUAUGGUUUCACUCCAGGGAAAACGAUAUUUUAAUAAGAGACUGGAAACAAACAAAAACAAAAACAAAACAAAUAACAGCAUAAUGAAGCACUUUAUACUGGAGCGCUGCACAUCCCCUUCAACGAUGCAGUUUCGUAGUGAUGUCCUUUUUAUAAGACUAAACCAGUCUGGCGCCACCUAGUGGAGAUCUGCAGUACUGACCAGUAAAAUCACUCCUACACCGGGAUGGAGGUUUUCACCACAGCUGUGUUUCGGUGGCGAUGUGUGUCUGGCGUCGCCGCCCCUGCCCGGGGGAAGGGAUGUGUGCGCUGGGCAGCAGAGAACCACUUGCGUCUCCCCGCUCGUUUGUUGUCUAACACUCGUUUUCUAAUGCAACGUCUAUCCAAUCACGGUAAGGAAGCGCCUCACCAAGGUGAGAAGAGGAAGGUUUCGCUCCUGAACUCACUGGCACUCAACUUUACCUGUUUAUUUCUUUAUGUUGGUUUGUUUGUUUGGUGGGUUUGUGUAGAGGGUCAAAGGUCAGACUGUUACCAAGGCAACUAGUUGGAGGAGAACAGGGCAUAAAACAUCAUCCCACAGAUCCCUCACAAACCCUUGCCGAAGAACCCUACUAAGGAACUGGAGUACUGUUCUAUUCCACGGAUCAACCCCAUCGACUGGAGGUGCGUCAGCGGAGCACUUGCCAGCGCCCAUUGGCCAGCGCCCUAAUCAAUCAAAUAGUGGGGCAGGACUGCUGUCUGGGAACCAUUUUUUAGGUGUGACUCUCGUGGACUCACUGGUCGUACAGAAUGCUAAAGCUAACGCUAACACUGAAAAUACAUGGAAGUCUUCCUACUUACACAUACGCACCCAUAGAGGUUUCACACACACACACACACACACACACAUACACACACCCAUAGAGGUUUCACACACACACACACACACACACACACACACACACACCUAUAGAGGUUUCACACACACACACACAUGCUCUUACACUCCCAUAAAAAGAGAUUGCAUACUUACACACACACACACACACACCUGUGCUCACUCUCCUAUAAAGAACGUUUGUAUUGUGCAGUAGGGGUGGGUGGGGCAUGAAUACACACUCAUACACAGUCCAUAUCGAAUGUGUUCACACACACACUUUGUCCUAUCCUGAACAUGCGCACACACACACACACACACUGCCUUAUCCAGUUUAUCAUGAUCUGCCUUCAGCUUUAUGCUAUUGGUUAGUGACAGUGACCCUCCUCUGCGUUUUGCCGAAUGGGAGCAGAGUGUAGAAUGCCUUAAGCUGAAGUCCCUCCCCUUACUGCAGUUGUUUGUGGGAGCACAGGGGAGGGGCUAGUUAGCCGCCGGUCCACAGGGGUGGGGCUAGUUAGCCGCUGGUCCACAGUUGAGGGGCUAGUUAGCCGCUAGUCCACAGGGGAGGGGCUAGUUAGUCGCUGGUCCACAGGGGAGGGGCUAGUUAGUCGCUGGUUCACAGGGUUGGGGCUAGUUAGCCGCUGGGCUUCGUAGAGGUAGAGAUACUGAGAGAUGGUAAUAGUCUAAAAGGCCAGAGUGCAGUGUGAUAUGCGACUUAUGAAAAAUAAACAAGUUGCUCCUGUGGAUAUGAAGUCAGACACUGAUACUUAAAGUGAGCUUCCACUCUGCAUUACCGGUCACACACACACACACACACACAUUAACUGUGUGUUGGGGAAGCAUGCAGUGUGCAUAGUGCGCACACACACGAACGCAGAUAUUUAGUGUAAAGCAUGGAUCCACACGCUAAAGGCCGUUUCUACAGACAGACUGGAGUGGGGGAAAAGUCUUCUAAUCAGUGAUUCUAGUUUAAAGUCUUCUAAUCUAGAUUUUAGUGUUUAAAAGCCUAGGUUAGAGCUGAGUUUGUUUUAGAAGAGUUCCUGACUGUCAGCUCACCAGAACUGUUUUAGAGGGAGAGUUAUUGACUGUCAGCUCACCAGAACUGUUUUAGAGGGAGUUUCUUGUCUGUGGACUCAGCGGAACUGUUUUAGAGGGAGAGUUAUUAUGUCUAGGCUCACCAGAACUGUUUUAGUGGGAGAGUUUCUUGUCUGUGGGCUCAGCAGAAGGAUCAGGCAGCAGUAUAAAGUUUUGUACAAAUCACACACAUACACACUCGGGAGUGUGGUGUAGCAUGGAGCAAGAAACACUGUAGGGUCCUCUCUGAUCUAAAUAUACAUACACACAUUUCACUCCGUGUGAUGUACUAUAUAAAACACAUUUUAUACUUCAGACAUGACCUUAGAGAGAAUAGACAACACAGCGCACAUGCAUCAACAUAAACACACAUCAUAUGCACACACACCAUAAUUAUGUAAACAUACAUGAGUAGGUACAGUUGGUGUGGCUGAACGCUUAGUGUGUGUGUAUUGGAGGUAGGUAUUCCCUAUAUAUAAAACAUGCACACACACAUACACUCUUUUGUAAAUGUACAUGCCUUGGUGCAUAGUGUGUGUGUGUGUGUGUUGAACUCUGAGUGUGUAUGGGGAGGUGGGUGUUUCACGUCUGUGUUGUUUUGCCAAACUGAUGUAAACAGAUGAGGGGCAUCACACCUCCAUUAUGGUGAUGUCACUUCCUGUUCCUUCUCUUACACCUACACCGUUGAUCUGAUCUGGGGAAAGAGGGGUAGAGAAAUGGAAAGGGAGAGAUGAAACAGAGGAGGAGAGAAACGAGUGUGUCACCGGUACAUGUACAAUAUUCCUCUCUGUGAGGUGUGUGUGUGUUCACAGGGGAUGGUGGUAUUGUGUCAUGUGACAGACAUCAGGUGUGUUUGUGUGGAGGGGGGAGGGUCCUGACCUGUGUGUGUGUGUGUGUGUGUGUGUGUCCUGAUAGGUGUGUGUGCAUGGCGGAGCAGGGGCUCAUUAACGGUGUGUGACGGUGAACUAAUGUAGUUUUCUUUCUUUCUUUUUUUAUAUUUAUUUCAUAUGUAUUUGUUUUUUAAGUAAUAAAGGAAUAAAACUAAA